AUGGAAGACGCAAGUCAACAGAGCCUCGAUGGAUUCGCCUCCGUCCCGUCUCCUGGUGACAGGGAUGCUGAUCUGCAUACCUUGACAGAUAAGCCACUUUCGCCAAAAGAUGAAAGGAUUGUUUCUGUGAAUCCUUCUGCGGACACAGCCAUGGCUAGGGCUCCAGAAAGCACUAAAGAUCAGCCUUCAACCUCAGGAAUAAGUGGGGCACUUAGCACUAUGUAUCCUCUCAAUGCUUAUACUCUGCAGGACCAGGGCAUUUAUUACGGAGGUUAUGACAAUGGCACUGGUAACUGGGAUGAGCAUUCUAACUAUGUCAAUAACUUACAUGUCAUGCCUCCGGCAAUGUACAAUGAUAAUCCACCACUCUUCUUUCCUACUGGCUAUGGCUUUGAUUCCCAGAUGGCAUAUGGGCAGUUUUCUCCUCUUCCUAGCCCUCUAUCUCCAAUAAUGUUCGAUGGUCAGUUGUACUCUCCACAUCAUAUGCCUGUGUCGUCACCUUACUAUCCACCCUCAGUUUCUCCUGGUCUGCCACAUGUUACUUCAGCAUUUCCCGUUUCUCAGUCUGAACUGAUGCCAUCAGAAAUUAGUGGUCAUGAAAACCCUAUGGACAAUGCACUUUUUGGGCCAGGAUCUGGUUUCUACGUGCCUUUUGGAGCUUUUGGUGGAGGGGAUAUUUCUGGAAGUAGUGGUGUUGGUCUCUACAAGUUUCCGGGUGACUUUGGAUCUAGUGAGUCACUGACAAACCAUUCAGUUCCCUUAGAUUCAGGCAAGUUCAUGUCUCCAUUGGCAGCUGGGACUGUAUAUCCCCAAUCAACUGGCAUACUUGGUUCAUACGAGCAAAAUGUUGCACAGACAUCAUUUCAAGGUUAUGGAUUGCCGUCGAACUCCUCGGCUAGACAUUAUCCGCAUGCUGGCUCUUACCAGCGCGGGUUGACUCCUACUCGGAACCAGUUCUCUACUGGUAAAGGUGGAAGACGUGAAAAGGAUAGAGACGCUGUCAGUGUUACUCACGACACACUUGGUAUCUCAAGUGAUCGAAAUCGAGGGCCAAGGUUUUCAAAGGCAAUGAACAAAAUUUUACCUGGAGAGGGCACGUCCGUUCAUAAAGAUGUUGAAUCUACUUCUGGUUUUGAUUUUAGUCAGUUCAAUGCCCCUGAUUUUACCACAGACUAUAAAAAUGCAAAAUUUUUUGUCAUCAAGUCUUUCAGUGAAGACAAUAUUCACAGAAGUAUUAAAUACAGUGUUUGGGCCAGCACAUCACUUGGAAACAGAAAACUUGAUGCUGCCUAUCGUGGAGCAGAGGAAAUCAAUGGAAUUUGUCCAGUGUUCCUCUUUUUCUCAGUUAAUGCUAGUGGACAGUUUUGUGGGGUAGCCGAGAUGGUUGGACCUGUUGAUUUUGACAAUGAUGCCAAGUACUGGCAGCAAGAUAGAUGGAAUGGGCAAUUUCCUGUUAAAUGGCAUAUCAUUAAGGAUGUACCGAACCGUAGCUUCUGCCACAUACUUCUUGAAAAUAAUGAGAACAAGCCUGUUACUCACAGCCGAGAUUCUCAAGAGGUGAAACUGGAACAAGGAAUUGAAAUGUUAAAAAUUUUCAAGAACCAUAAUGCUGAGACAUCCCUCCUUGACGAUUUUACCUACUAUAAUGAGCGAGAGAAAUCCUUGCCGGAAAGGAAGGUCAAACAGCAAUACAUGUCAACUGGAAAUGCAGCAGCUGCUGUCACUUCUUCUGAUUCAAUAAAUGAACUGUCCAAUAACCUGGCUGACACUCUUCAUUUGGACAGUGCUUCACCAUGUUCUAACCGUGAAGUUACAUUAUCACCAUGUUCCGAAGGCAGAAGUGGACUUCAAUGGCGGCACGCAGAGGGCCAUAAAUUAAAGCAAUAUGUCAAGCGCUUUCGAUCGAGAGUUCUCGUGAUUGAGGUUUUUGGUCCCUCAUGCGGAAGAUCUAAGAGAAGUUUCAAGGAUUUAUACUGCAAGCUGUUUUGUUGGGAAAGGAAAAUGUUGGAGGGUCCAAAAUUUACGGGAAUUAUAGACCUAAACUCUGCUCCUGACAAUUACAAUCUCUCUCAAAAUUUUUAUCAAAAGCUCAAUGAGGGGUCAAUCAUGUCAAUUGAUAGUUAUGGGAGCUUACGAAGCAAUGGUGGAGGUUCUGUGGACAUGUCAGUGGACAACAGCAGUGUUGGAUCAAAUGGUUCCCGCACGCGCAUCUUGGGCCAUCAGGGCCUCAAACAUGUCAAGAACUAUUCUGUUGCUGCAAGUGUCAAUCGUGGGAGAGUCUCUCAUGGGUUGAGCGAUGAUGCUCUAGCUCAAGCUUUGAUGGACCCUCGAUAUUCUACAGAGGGGCUUGGAAAUUAUGAAGAGUGGACGAUUGACUUGAGGAGGAUUAACAUGGGUCCCGCCUUCGCUCAGGGGGCUUUUGGGAAGCUCUACAAGGGUAUUUAUAAUGGCGAGGAUGUUGCAAUUAAGCUUCUGGAGAGACCAGAGAAUGAUGCAGAGAGAGCACACAUAAUGGAGCAGCAGUUUCAGCAGGAGGUUAUGAUGUUGGCGAAUUUGAAGCAUCCAAACAUCGUUCGCUUUAUUGGUGCGUGCCGCAAACCCAUGGUCUGGUGUAUUGUGACUGAAUAUGCAAAGGGGGGUUCAGUGCGUCAGUUCUUGACAAAUCGGCGGAACCGAUCCGUGCCUUUGAAAUUGGCAGUAAAGCAGGCCUUGGAUGUGGCUAGGGGAAUGGAAUAUGUGCAUGGGCUAAAUUUGAUUCACCGUGACUUGAAGUCUGACAAUCUUUUGAUCGCUGCUGACAAGUCGAUCAAGAUUGCGGAUUUUGGGGUUGCCCGUAUUGAGGUGCAAACUGAAGGGAUGACACCGGAAACUGGGACUUACCGCUGGAUGGCCCCGGAAAUGAUCCAGCAUAGGCAUUAUACACAGAAAGUUGAUGUGUAUAGCUUUGGGAUUGUCCUGUCAGAGCUCAUAACAGGGAUGCUUCCCUUUCAGAACAUGACUGCUGUUCAAGCAGCAUUUGCUGUCGUCAACAAAGGUGUCCGCCCGAACAUCCCCAAUGACUGCCUGCCUGUUCUAAGUGAGAUCAUGACCCGUUGCUGGGAUGCUAAUCCCAAUGUUCGGCCAUCCUUCAGCGAGGUGGUCAAAAUGCUUGAGGCUGCUGAAACCGAGAUCAUGACAACAGUCAGAAAAGCUCGUUUCAGGUGCUGCAUGAGUCAACCAAUGACUAAAGAUUGA